AAUUAAAAAAAAUACUAAACAUAGGAAUGUAUAACUAAAAGGAUAAAAAUCAUAAAUUCAAUGGAAACUCAGUCUUAACUUCCAUGAAUCCAUGAUGACUAAAAUUCUUCUUUUAAUUUUGAUUGGCUGGCUGGAUUUAAAUUUAUUUAUCUGUUACAAAAUUAUUUGUAAUUUGAAAUAAUAAAUUAAAGCUCAAUCAAUCCAACGGCUAAGAUUGAGUUGCAGUAAGCCGUAACGGCGAAACCGGUCUGAAGCAACCUAAACGGCGAAACCGAUGACGAAGCCGGAACAAAGCUGGAUACCACACUGCAACUUCCGAUCACAUUCGCAGCUUUUCAUUAGAUAAAUUAACGGUAACGAUUAUCCGAUGAGCCGUAACACCGACGGCGAGGUUCCGAUUUACAGUGUUCGCCGCUUGUUUGGCGGAGAGCUCCGCCUUCCUUCUUUUUCUGCUAUCCUUCAAGAUAAGUGUUAGCUCCCCUGACCUCCGAUAUUGCCUCUUCUUCGUUCUCUAGGUUCCAGCUCUGCUGCCGCUCUCUUCUUGAUAGGAUGCCCAAGGACAGAAAAAGCCGUUCGGUCUCCUUUGAUCGCCAAUCGCCCUUCCGCUUCUCCGAUAGUCGGUGCCUCUCUCCUGGCCCCUCCUACUCUGCCCCGGCAGAAGUUUCCUCCUCCUCUUCCUCUGCCUCUCCUGACCGAUCCCGAGUGGUGCCGGCAGAUAAGGACUUAAAAGAGUGGGACGACGUUCGGUGCCCUGUCUGCAUGGAGCAACCCCACAACUCCGUUCUUCUUAUAUGCUCCUCUCACGAUAAGGGCUGUCGACCCUUCAUGUGUGACACUAGCUACCGUCACUCUAACUGCUUCGAUCAGUACCGAAAGGCCUGUGACGCCUCGGCGUUUGAGAUCGAGGGGGCAUCUACGGCAAAGCUCUCUUGCCCGCUCUGCCGAGGCGUUGUUUCCGAUUGGAAGGUUGUCCAGACGGCGCGGAAGUACCUGAACACGAAAGUAAGGAACUGCUCCACGGAGACCUGCGGCUUCAGUGGAGCUUACGGAGAGCUCAGGAAGCACGCCAGGACGGAGCAUCCCUUUGUCCGCCCGUCAGAGGCGGAUUCUGAGAGGCAGCAAGAUUGGCGGAGGAUGGAGCUGCAACGCGAUAUUGGCGACUUUGUCAGCUCGAUAGAGUCUUCAAUCGGCGAAUGGGAUGAAAGUUUAGGCUUUCAUGACGAAAGUAGAGAUUUUGGGGGUUUCUUUCCUAUGCCCUCGAUAGGGUUCUUCUUAAUUCUGAGCUUCCGAGGGUCCGGCGAUCUCAGCAGAAACACAGGAAGGGUCUCAGUAAGGAGGGGAUCCUCAAGGUCCUCAAGGGGACAAAGAGGAAGGGCCAGGGUUCUAUCAGGGGAAGCGUUUAGUGAAGCUGAGGCUUCUGGUAGAUUUCAAAGAAAUGCUGAAGGUGCUGGUGGUGAUGAGAAUCCUGAAAUUGAUGACGAUGCUGGACAUGAAGAGGCUCUUGAUGCCUCAAGGCAGCCCCAGAGGCAAACACAGGGAGAGCUGAGGAUGCUGGAGGAUGAUGAAGAUGGCACUGUAUAGUGAUGCACCUGCUGUUUCCCAACUCUACAGUUUAUAAAUGGCUUGAAUGUUUGUCGCUUGAGCUCUGCUUCAUGGUUUUGGUUUACGCUUGAUCUUAGGGGGCUUGAGAUAUCUGCGUCUCCUGAAAUUUGCUGGAGCAAGUUGGAAACCAGAGAAUGGCAGAGUUUGCCAGUCAACAAACUAUGUGGACUGGAUGUAGUUAGGCAUCUCCAAUCGAAAGCCCCAUUUUCCACUGCAAAUUACAUCAAAACUCUAAAAUGUGAUAAUUCUGCUCUGAUCGAAUUCCAUUUCGCGGGCUUCGUCA